AUGAAUAACAAGGGAGCAUUGCGUGACCUGUUGACUGACGUGACAUCAUUGUUCAUUGUGACACCAAGCAAUGGGUUCAGACUUGCUAUCGGUGCAGCAGAAGUUGCUAAAGAAUCACAUGUCAAGCACAUUUUAACAGUCAGUGGGCUCACAGUUGAACUACCCAACACCAUGUAUGGUAAACUCUUCAGUGAGUUCGAAUCAAGCAUUAAACUCCCUCAGAUCCCAUACACUCUUAUCCGUCUUCCCUCAUUUGUUGACAACUACUGGGCUUAAAAAUAUCCCAUUCAGCAGAAUUCAUCUUUUAGCACUCGAGCUGAUCCAACCAAGCCAUUGGCAGCUGUCGUGGUAGAGGAUGCUGGGAAGGCUGCAGCCGCUAUCAUGGUUGAGCCUGAGAAGCAUUAUGGGAAGACUUACAGGCUGAUAAGCAAUCGUCACACUCUAAAUGAGCUGGCAGUCGCCUUUAGCCAGGCUCUAGGUAAGGAUGUCAGGCAUGAACGAAUUUCUUAUGAGACUUUCAGGUGCCAACUCAUUGAUGUAGCUGGUUUUAGUGAGGAAAAUGCUGAUGCAGUCCUAGAAACAUACAGGCUAAUCGAUGAGGAAAGCCCAGUAGUAAACCAGCCAGAAUACACCCCAGAAUCAUCCCACUUUGCCCAAAUCACAGGAGAAAAUCCCACUAGUUUGCAGGAGUGGGUAAAUCAAGUGGCUCCUUCCUUCAAGUGA